AAACAAAGCUAUUAGCAACCAAUUUCUGGUCAUUUUGCAAAGGCGAUUUAUUCGUGUUGCAGUGAGAGCGGAUAAAAAAAUGCGAAGAAUAUUGCGCGUUUGUGCGUUUGUAAUAAUCGAUGUACUGUUUGCUGACCUCUGCACGUGCAUGCCGACGCCGCAGUUUUACAGCGGGAGUCCGGUGGUGGAGCUCCCUGGCGCUGCCAUCGCCGGGCGAGCCAGCCCGCGGGACAGCGGGGGAGCGGGGGUGAGUACUGAGCUGCUGGCCCCGGGACUCUGAGACUGUGGAGACUUCCCGGACACAGAUUUAAAAAGAGUCUGAACUUUUACCAAAUAUUCCUUUUGAAAUCAAAUCACAAGUUACAUGUCGUAAAUGUAGAUGGAAUAAUGUUUUUUUUUUCUAACCAUUGAAAAGAUAUGUUCCACCAUUUGAAUAUUUUCAUGCGCACAGUUUAUACUGGAAAGCUAUUCAGAGAUCGGUUUAAAAUACCACUAGCGAAUAAAAGUACUGGGACAACACAAAGCAUAAAGCAUAAACCCAGUAUUACUGCGAACACUAUUUGCCAGUGAUACAGCUAUUUCUGUGUAAAUGUAUAAAUUUACGGAUAUCAGUAAUUUUUACAUUAAUAUUAAUUUUUUUCUUUUACAAAAAGAAUUAGCGUGCAAGUCAUAUUUGGAUGCCAAAGUUAUAUUACAUAGGUCAGUAAGUCUGGAGUAAAGCAUUUGAAUAAAUAGCACGUGAAGAAAAAAGCUACAAAAUCUCACGGGUAAUUUGCGUUAGCAAAUGAACCAUUUGUUAACUAUAAAUAAAAUAAGAUAAUCAAAUAAAUAAAUGAAAUUACACAAACGAGAUUUGUCACUCAGUGUCCGUGUCAGAGCCGCGUGCUGUUUCCCUCCCGGCCAAGAGUCACAGAGACUGAGCUGACCCGCCUGCGCCCGUACUCGCCAUUUGCCAACAGCACUGUCAGUGUAGACCGAUGUGAACCAAACACACACUUUUUAAUGUGUACCUUAGCUCUCGGUAUACUGUAUUUGGUAGGAGUAAUUACUUGAAUCGAAAGUUGCAUGGAACGGAUAUGUAUAACCACGUUGCUGAAAUUUGUGGCGAAUAACGGGAACCAAAUUAUAACAAAGCAAAAAAGAAACUGUAUAGUGUUAACUGUUAAAUGAUUUUAUAACAAAAUAAGCCUUUUGUUAGGGUGAUAAAACUCCUUGUCGAAAAUCAGCCAGAGUUUCGUACAUUUUUAAAUUUUGUUUUACAUUUAUCGGAGCCGUUUCUUUAUAUAGGUUAACAUUUCGCUCUGCAAAUCGCAAAUUUUGGUAGUCGACGUAGCUGCUCUAGCAACGAAUUCUAGCGGCGUGUGCGGAAACUACGUUUGAUUCGCUUCCAGAAUUUAAAAAAAAUAAUAAUAAUAUGUGUAAAUUUAUCACGCGUAACAAUAUUUAGAAAAUUUCCACGUAAAACUUCGUGUGCGAAUUUCAUAUCAUAAGUGUUUUUACAACACAAGAAUACGUGAAUUUUUUCGUUACUAAGAUUAGAUGUUAUACAUCUCUGGCGAGUAGAUACUAAAAUACACGCUCAAAAUUUUUUGUUAAAUAUCUUUUAAUGUAAGCAAAUGCAAACCCACUAGUAAUGAAAUAACAAACAAAUACUGCAUUAAAAUUCAGAUGUACAAAGCGCUAUGAGUUGCAGGAAGCAAAAUUUCCUGAAUGUACGAAAGCUCCAGUCAAUGACGAACCUUUGUGCCACAUUCUCCUGGAUUCAAAUUGUUAAAUUGAUAGAACUUUCAGUACAGAAAUGUUAUAUCCUUUCGUGGUUAGAAGCAGAAUUAUUAUGUUAUGUACGAAAACUAGUAACCUGCAUUUGUUGAUUAUUUAUUGGCUUGGAAUGGGGCUGCAAACUGUUGAUAAAAAUUAACUAAAUAUUGACUAGCAUGGAAAAAAUAAUAAUAUUUUAGCUGACAUUUUUACGUGAAUAGUAUUUAAAUUUUAAUCAAAAAAUAUGCACGUGAUAAAAGGACGCCUCGCCUCUUGCUAAGAUAUUAUUCGUUCCAAACCCGUCUUGUUUGGAGAAGGAAUUUACACAACUUGGAGGAGUUUCACACAAAGGCCAGAUGCUGCUCCAUAAUCUCCAUUUCUCACCUACAGAGAUUAAAAAAAUGUCUGUACUUUUACACAAGAUUCCUUUGGAAACCAGUUCCAAUAAAUGUUUUUUUGUAACACUUCAAAUUUAUUGUAACUUUGUAUGAGAAAUUUCCAUGGGUAUUUUUUUCAUGUAUGAAAUACGUUUUUGAGAUAAUUCUGAAUAUUUCUCUCGAAAAUCAGCACAUAAUUUUAUAUUUAAUUGAUGUUUUAUUCUAGCAUAAUUUUUAAACCAUGUUACAGACCGUCAAUUAUUCAAUAAUUGUUCUAUAUUUUGUUUUUUUACGCUUGUAUAUGUGCACAGUUAAAACGGGAACGGUUUACAAAAUACUUUAUCUAUUGAAGAAACUGGGACAACACAAAGCAUAAAUUCCCGGGUAAGAAUACAAACCCAGUGUUAAUACGAACACAUUUUGUAAUGAUACAGUUGUUUUUGUUUAAAUGUACAAGUUUACAAAUAUCUGCUAUUUUACAUGAAUAUGUCUGUUUUAUUUACAAAACAUAAACACAAACACACUGUAUAAACUUUUCCCUGGGCUUGACGACUACAUCGUAUGGCCUAUACAAUAUUCAGCUUUGUUAAUUGGCUUAAUGUAUAAGAACCAUCAUGAAUGCUUGAAUAAAACAUCAAAUAAAAAUAAAAUUGUGUGUAAAUUAUUGUAAGAAAUAUUCAGUAUUAUCUAGAAAAAAAAUGUAUUUCAUGUAUGCAAAAAUAACCAUAGUCAUGUGUUGAACAAGGUUGCAAUAUAUUUUUUUUAGUAUUACAAACUAUUUAUUGGCAACUGGUUUCCAAAAGAAUAUUUUGCAAUAGUCCAGAAACGUUUUUUCCCUAUGUACUUUAGUUACUUUAUUUCACACAUUGGUGUGGCCCAAAAUGAGAUGUGCACACCGGCAAUGUUUUCCCACUACGUUAACAAGGUCAUUAAGACCUGAGUCAGUGGUGUUGAUGAAGCGUGUCUUGUGUUGCAGAUGGUGUACGUGCUGGUUGGUUUGGUCAGCCUCCCUCUGCUGGUCGCCGUGCUAUGGCUGCUGCGCCAGUUGUGGCGCAUGCUGGCCUCCUGCGCAGGCCGGGGCUGCCCCGCCACAGCGCGCUGCGCCAGUCGGCCCGACCAUGGCCUGGAGGAGGUCGUGAUCAUACCCGCCGACCACCAGUUGCACGGCUCAGUUCCUCAGGGCGUGCCGUCUUCUAGCAGUGCCCUGCUGCGUGAUGGGCCACUGGCAUCUUCCCAACAACAACACCAGUUCUCACCUGUUUCUCUGAUGGAAGAGAUGUUGCUUGCGUCGACUCGUGAACAGAUGCAGAGUGCAUCAACACCUGGUGACACACAACUGGUGACCUGCCACCAUCAAAUGCUCUUGUAUUCAACGGCUCCUCGAGUGGAAUGCGUUAAGGGAAUAUUCGCUGAUUACCAGUCUCCUAGCCGUCACACAGAAGAGACGGAAGUAGAGGCCACAUGCGACCAGGAUCAAGCGGUGCUUUCUCCUCCGAUGCAGGAUUUGGAAGUGUUUUAUUUCCCUGAUGCCUUCGCUCCUCCCUAUGCCGACUGUGACAACACACAGUAUACCCAGGAGUUACGGGUGAGUAUAAUAAUAACUAUAAUUAUCACGAGGAUGAAACCAAUGCCAAGGUAAACAUUCUCAAUGUACUUACGAGUUAAUAAUUAUAGUUUUAACAAACUAAAAUAUACUCUUUCAUAUAAAAUCAACUAAAAAAUAGAAAA